AUGAUGUCAAACAAGCGAAAACGCAACGAUCUCAGCCUUGCUGACAAAUAUGAAGUCAUCAAACUGCUAGACCAGAAAAUGCCGCAGACACAAAUAGCACAGAAGAUGGGAUGCUCCCAAGGUCAAGUGUCUCGUAUAUCCUCUAGUCGAGCCAACAUAAUGGAGGAAUAUGAGUCUAAUGCUGACCCGGAACGAAAACGUCAUCGGUCCGGGAAAGCGGCUGAUGUGGAAGCAGCGCUCACAACCUGGUUCACAAAUGCCAGGUCAAGAGACAUCCCAGUGUCUGGGCCUGUUCUCGAAGAAAAAGCCUGUGACCUGGCAAAGACGCUGGACAAGCCCGAAUUCAAGCCGUCUAGCGGGUGGUUAUCUCGAUGGAAAGAGCGAAAUAACAUCGUCUUCAAAAUACUACAUGGCGAGAAAAAAGAUGCGGAUCUAUCAGAAGCUGACCACUACAUCAAACACGUUCUUCCAGACAUCCUGAAGAACUAUGCGGAGGACGAUAUAUACAACGCGGAUGAGACGGGCAUAUACUACAGGGCCUUACCAGACGGGACGCUAGUCAGCAAAGAAGAGGCGGCGGCCGGAAGCAAAAAAAUGAAGGACCGGAUAACUGCCAUGGUCGCCUGCAACAUGACGGGUACGGACAAACGGCAGCUACUCAUCAUCGGCAAAAGCCGACAACCACGCUGCCUCCGGGGAAAGAAGUCAUUGCCUGUCAUAUACGACAGCAACUCAAAUGCGUGGAUGACGGGGGCCAUAUACACACAAUGGCUGACGGCCUUCAACAAUGACAUGAGGAUCCAGAAGAGGAAGGUCAUCCUCCUGGUGGAUAACUGCUCAGCCCAUCCCCAUGACGCAGCCACAAAACUCAGCAAUGUAACACUGAGUUUUCUGCCACCAAACACAACAUCCCUCAUACAGCCAUGCGAUCAGGGUAUCAUUAGAAACCUCAAGUCCCUAUAUCGCCGACAGGUGGUCAAGAAGAUGAUAGAAGACAUUGACCAGAACACCAUGUCAGCGGCGAAAAUGGCUAAGAAGCUUACGCUGCUGGACGCCAUGCACAUGCUGACCAAGGCAUGGAACUGUGUAACGGAAGUCACAAUCCGGAACUGCUUUGCUAAAGCAGGGUUCAGAAAGGGGACCGCGCCGGAGAAACCAAUGGAGACUGCCGAACCCCCAGAAUCAAUGAACGCCAUCAGCUUCGCAGAAUAUGUUCAACACGACGACGACCUGGAAUGCCAUGGGAUGCCAACAGAUGACGACAUAUGCAGCGACAUUCUACGAGAAGAAGAGGAACGAAGGAACCAUCUAGAAAUCAACAUCGACAAUGAAGACGCCGAAGAAGAAGACGCCGACACGCCCAUACGACUCCCAGGAACUGCCAGCGACGCAAGAAAAGCACUAGAAGAAGUAAGAAGAUUCCUUGAGGACACUGGAUGUAGCGACUACAAAGCCUUCUACGACCUUGAAGAAUUGGUUGAGAAAGUAGCAGAAGAGAGCAGACGACAAAUGAAGAUCACCGAAUUCAUCAACUGGAUUCCAUAA